AUGGAUUCUACACAAACAAAUUCAAAAACGAAACCCAACUACUUUUUGAAAUACAGUUUGAUUGGACAUAAGAAAGCUGUAUCUAGUGUAAAAUUUUCACCAGAUGGAAAUUGGUUAGCAAGUGCUUCUGCUGAUAAAACGAUAAAAAUUUGGAAUGCAAUUAAUGGCCAAUAUGAAAAAACUUUUGAAGGACAUAAACAAGGUGUUUCUGAUAUGGCAUGGCGCAAUGAUUCAUUGACUCUGUGUUCUGGAUCAGACGAUACAACUAUAAGAAUUUGGAAUUUGAAUAUGGACGAAUCAAUAAAAGUACUUAAAGGUCAUACGAAUUACGUAUUUUGUGUAAAUUAUAGUCCACGAGGGAACAUUAUAGUUUCAGGGUCAUUUGAUGAAACUGUAAGAACAUGGGAUCCUAUAAAUGGAACGUGUCUAAGAAUUAUGUCUGCACAUUCUGAUCCAGUUUCUGGUGUACACUUUAAUCAUGAUGGAACAUUGAUUGCUUCGUGUAGUUAUGACGGUGCAAUACGAAUUUGGGAUUCUGAUACAGGACAAUGUUUAAAGACUUUGAUCGUUGAUGACAAUCCUCCGGUUUCAUUUGUGAAAUUCUCACCGAAUGGCAAAUAUAUUCUUGCUUCAACACUUGACAACACAUUACGGCUUUGGAAUUAUAAUACAGGAAAAUGUUUGAAAGAUUAUACUGGACAUUUAAAUCAUAAAUAUUGUAUAUUUUCUAGUUUUUCUUUGAAUACUGGUGGUGCUGGUAGUAGCGGUGGUAAAUGGAUAGUUAGUGGUAGCGAGGAUAAUAAUAUAUAUAUAUGGGAUCUACAAAGUAAAGAGAUUGUACAAAAAUUAGCAGGUCAUAGUGAUGUCGUUAUUAGCGUUACAUGUCAUCCUAAAUAUAGUAUAAUUGCAUCAGGUGCAAUAGGAAACGAUAGAUCGAUCAAAAUAUGGUUUGAUAUGCAAGAUGAGAAAUUACAUAAUAUUUCUUGA